AUGAACAUGUCAGUUAAUGAUGCGAUUCGUAGCGUCUUUACAGUUGCAGCUGUUGUAAUUUUAUCAGUUGGCACUACUGCCACAGGCCAUGGCUCUGCGACGUUCGCCAGCCUUAUCGCUAAACGUCAGGCUGCAAACGUCUUGAAAGCGUCUGGUGCUAUUCUUGUCGCUGGAUACUCAUAUUUUGCAACUGAGCAUCAAGCGUUUAGGUGGAUAGCGCUACUAGGUUCAGCGAUAAUGUCCGGGGUGGAUGCUGUGGAUAUGGCAAGCGUUGGGCAUCUAAUUGGAGUGUUGCGUGCAAGCAAAGGUGGCCUUACUGGCGAAGAUGACUCAGCUCGAGAGCUAGCUCUGUGGGGAAUGAAUGUUCAAUAUGCAUCAAAGGUAUUCUCGUUCUUUUCAUGGUUCCUGGUGAUACAAAUCAUUGGGUGUUUAAUGCACGCAUUGGGAUGGUUUCACCUAAAUGAGCUUCCAAAUGAUGAGGAGGUAGCAGGGCACUUGAAGGAACUGGCACGAGCCACGAUCAACAGGCGUAUCCAGGAGAAGCGAAAUCCUGAGAGGUUCGCAGCAGGUGGCGGAAGGCACCUUUUCAACCCAGCAGACAAACUGGAGGUAACAUGGGACCAAAUGGUAGAUCUGGCGGUUGGGCGAGAUAAUCGCACAAGCCACCCUAUCUCCACGAAUCCCAGGGGUGUAAUAGCCCCGGAGGUCCAAAGGGAACUAUGCCAGAUCCUCCUCAAGAUGGGUGUAAAACGAAGCCAAAUCUAUGAGGUGCUUGACGACGAAGACGAUUCUUGA